UCAAACUCCUAGAAGCUGGCAUCAAUUGUAAGCCUCAGUAGAAACCUACUAAAUAAGCUAUCUUGUAAGUUGACCUGUCUCAUUUUGCUUGGAUUGCGACUGGAAAGACUAUAGAAGGAAGGCGAAGGCUUAGCGUUCAUCCUGCAGAAGAAAGGACAGUUAUAAUUAAGGAAGAAGUCUCAAGCAGAUAUCUAUAGCGUGUCGGAGAUUCUCAAUCAAGAGCCUCCCAAAACACGCAUGUAGGUAAUUGACAAGCAAGGAGUGAGGUUCAUUUCAAGAUCUCCUAAAAUUUUGUGGGUUUUGGCUUGAUUGGUACAAGGUUGUUUGAGCACAGCUAAAAUACAAAGUUUAGUUCACACAAAGCAGAAUCAUGUAUAUUGUGUGAAGUGGGUUAGGCAUUUUAGGAGUUGAUUAGUGGUAGCAAUGACGGACUCCCGACUAAGAAAGCACCCCAAAUGCCAUGACAUUAGUAGGUAAGUUCCAUGACAUUAGUAGGUAAGUUUUCUGACUGUAUAUCCAUUCAAAGUCGAUUGCCAUUUUUGAAUAAAUCUCCUGCAUAUUGUUCUGAUCGAGCACUUGAAAAUUCAGAAGCAAAUUUGCUUAAAUCUCCUGUCCUGACUGAAUAACCAAUUCAAAAUUUAUAGAAAAGAAAGUCUCCUGCUUAUAAUUUUAUCCAAACACGAGCAAAAUGCACAAGCAAUCAAGCCUAAAUCAUCGUAGGGAUGAAGAGGUUCAGAGCCCUUCAGAUGCAGAUCCAUAUUUCCCAAAGCCCCAGAAGCCCAAAUCCAUUUCCAGACCCGUGGUCUAUCUUCUUAAGGAGCAACGCUUGCUGUUUGUGUUGGUGGGUAUGGUGAUAGCCACUACAAUCUUCAUGCUUCAGCCCAAUCUAGCAAGGCACGGACUAAGUAGAAAUGUGGUGCCAGCCUCUGAGAAAUUUGUCUCUAAUAGUAAUAAAAAUGCAGUGGUCAAUAGUGGUACCAAGACAAUUACAGGUCCCAAGGUUUUGAUGGGUUUGAGGAGGCAGCCUCUGAGAAUUGUUGUCACAGGGGGAGCUGGAUUUGUGGGCAGCCAUCUGGUUGACAGGCUAAUGGAGAGGGGAGAUAGUGUCAUUGUUAUUGAUAAUUUUUUCACAGGGAGGAAGGAGAAUAUUAUGCAUCACUUCAGCGAUCCUCGCUUUGAGAUGAUUCGCCAUGAUGUUAUUGAACCUAUAUUGUUGGAGGUGGAUCAGAUUUACCAUCUUGCAUGCCCUGCAUCUCCUGUCCACUACAAGUACAAUCCUGUCAAGACAAUCAUAUCAAAUGUGAUGGGAACAUUGAACAUGCUUGGUCUGGCAAAGCGAAUUGGGGCCCGUUUCUUGCUCACCAGUACCAGUGAAGUUUAUGGAGAUCCUCUUCAGCAUCCACAGAUGGAGACAUAUUGGGGAAAUGUCAAUCCCAUAGGUGUUAGAAGCUGUUAUGAUGAGGGAAAGCGUACAGCUGAGACAUUGACAAUGGAUUAUCACCGAGGGGCAAAUGUGGAGGUGCGUAUUGCACGUAUAUUUAACACAUAUGGACCCAGAAUGUGCAUUGAUGAUGGUCGUGUUGUUAGCAACUUUGUUGCUCAGGCACUGCGCAAGGAGCCUUUGAGCGUUUAUGGUGAUGGUAAACAAACACGGAGCUUUCAGUAUGUUUCUGAUUUGGUUGAAGGUCUGAUACGACUAAUGGAGAGCAAUCAUGUUGGACCAUUCAAUCUUGGCAAUCCUGGAGAAUUCACUAUGUUGGAGCUUGCCGAGGUUGUAAAAGAAACGAUAAAUCCUAGUGCACAGAUAGAGUUUAAAGAAAACACAGCUGAUGAUCCACACAAAAGAAAGCCAGACAUUACCAAAGCAAAGGAUCUAUUGAAGUGGGAACCGAAAGUUUCUUUGAGGGAAGGGCUACCCUUAAUGGUGGAAGAUUUUAGAAAACGAAUUUUUGAUGACCAAAAAAGAUAGAUUAGAAAACGGUACCUUUCAAAUUUUAGAUAUCUAUUUUUUUUUAUGCCUUUACAUAUUCAAUGUUAAAAGAGUAUUGAAAAAGUUGCAUGUAGAGCAAAGUCAAGUGCCAAUUAUGAGGCAUGAUGGAAAUUUUUUCUAUUAUUCCAGAAUACUGCUUCGAUGUUUCUCUUAGAAAGAUACAAUUUUCCACUGAAAAUAGGGCCUCAGAUGGCAUUUCUAGUGACAGAAAUGCCCGAACACAUGUAAUACAGAGUCCAGAAAACAAUUCAUGUAAAUUUCACACUAUAUAUUUUUUUAUUGAAGUUUAGGCUGUUCAGCUAAUAAGCUUCUUUCCA